GUAGAGCCGGCCUGUUUGAUAAAUGACCCUUCGGAUACAUCAAACCAGAGAGAAUAUUUCUCUAAGCAAAUUAUUGAAGACCACAGUACCUUUCUGACGUUCACAACUAGAAAUCUAAUUCACCUUGAGAUGUCCGUGCUCGAGUUCAUUAACAGAAAGGGUUGAUCAGUGCUAGAUAUAUAUGAAGCUAUUGCGGCUACUCAAGAAAUACUACUGUUCCAUCUUCAAGAAGAAGAAGAAGAAGCAGAUGGCGAAUGUUGAGAAAGUUGUUGGUGUGAAGAAAGUGAGGCAAAAAGAUCCAGAUGGAUGGGAUCUGAGCAUGCCACUCCCAGGGGACAUCAUAGAAGGUAUUGCUGAAUUAGCUGCUGAUGAUGACUCCUUUAUUCAGGCCAAAGCAUGGUCAGAGUUAACCUUAUUUCUUGGUAAAAUUGCUGGACAUUUUGUUUGGUUCAAGGUUAGAAGGGGAGAGAGUACACUUAAACUCAGAGGAUAUGUCUUAGUUGAACGACGUUCCAAUCUCCAGAAAAGGUUUGUCGUUAGAGCAGCAUCUGAUGAGAGACAUCUUGCUGUUAUAGCAGAAUUAACUUUCGAACGUUGCACUGAACUCCAGGAAAUGAGCAGAAGAAUGGUCAAUUCGGGAUCACGGGGGUAUAACCAAAUGGGAUUACAAUAUGACUGGAAGAUGAAGGUGGGAACUUAUCUACCAGAUUCUCGUUCUACAGUUGUAUGCUCCAUAGUUUUUAUGCCUCUGACAAGAGAGUAUAGAGUAGAAGCCACAUUAGUUCGUACCAUGGCCUGGUUUUCAGCAGCAGUAUCUUCAGGAAUCCCUCUUGUAUUCAUUAACAUUCAAACCGAGCAAAUCAACAAUUUGGUAUUCCUCUCUACCUUUUCUGGUCGAGUUUAAUUUCUAUACAUUGAUAGUGUAAAAUAAUUCUUUACAACAUUAAAUCACCUAAAAUCACUACAAAUAACUGUACAAAAUAAGGGGAUUACUAACCUGGAUAACAGAUGGAAAAUUCUUUAAGCUGUCAGUGUAUAUAACUAAAUGAGUUCACCCAAACAAAAAGUUGCAUCGUCAACUAAUCUUUUCGUUCUUCUUCAUGCUUUUUGUGUAAAGGAGAAGAGAAACACUAGUGGAAAAGAUCUCACUUGGAGUAGGCAACUAGAUGGCUAUGUUGGUAACCAAUCCGCACAAGGUGUAAGGCUAUGGUAUCUACCAGGAAUUGCAGAGGUUCCACUUGAAUUAACACCUGAACCAACAGAAGCAAGAUUUGGAAUAGACAUU